CUCCACUGAUAUUGAAGCAUCGUUAUUUGCCCUCUAAAAAGGGGCCGAGCCAGAGCAGCAGGGACCUAUUUUAAGGACUGGUCCCGCUGACAUGCAACGCUGCCCAGCCUCCUUCCCUUCAGUUUACUUUCUAUCCCACAGAACUUUCCAGGUAGAGCUACGAAGCCAGGGCUGAGGGUAGGGGAUGCAGAGGCUUGCGAGGUUACCCGUGCCCCCAACAAUUCUCGUCUGCCAGAGCCAUAAACAGGUCUGCGUUUUUCAUGCGCCUCUGACAUCGUGGCCUGUGUGGCCCAUGCUCUGGCAGCCCAGAGGCAGAGCCCCAUCUACUCAGAAAACAGGGAGUGGAAAGGGGAUGCCAGCCCCCUGCGGCCCCAUCCUCUCUAGCUGACAGGCAGGCAGGAGAAGCUCUCUCUCUGCUUAGUCUCACUUCCUGGUGUCCAGGGUCUUCUCCAAUGGGUUUGGUUUGAGUUGAAGACCCACAGAGGAAGUGCUUCCAUAGAAAAUAACAGAAAUUCAAGAAUCUGUUGUACACUCUACCCCACCACCGCCACCACCACAGAAGAAUGGGAUUCAGAGCAAUAAUGAUACCAUAAUAAUAAUGACAGCAAUGGUGAGGGUAAAGGCGGUGAGAAUUCACCGGGCACUCAGCCCUGCUCAAGCAGUGUCUUCAGCAUUUUGAUGCAGAUAAAUUCAUUAAAUCAUCAUGAUACCCUCAGUGCCAAAGGUACCAUUAUUAUCCCCACUUUGAAGAUGAGGAAAUAGGUAACUUCCCUAAAUUAGAUCAGCUGAAAAGUGGCAAAGCCAGGCUCCGGGCCCCGCCCAUCUGGCUCCAGAGCCCCUGCUCACCACACACGGGGCCCCAGGCCUCCGGCUGCAGCACUGAUAAGGCUCUCACUCCAUUAUCCACCAUCUAUAAUACCAGCCCAAGAUCCCAAACAGCCACACCCCACACUCUUCUCAAAGCAACCUCCCUAUAAGCAGUGGGGCCUAAGAGUUAAGAGCAGGGGUGGGGCCCAACUAUGUCUCCCUCCCAGAAGAAAAACACAGGGGAGGUGGGAGGAUGUGAAGUCCCGCCCUUUCCAGUCCCAGCACCAGCAGCUGGAGGGUCCCCAGGAAGCCCUCCGUUCAGGAGAUGCUCCAACGGGGCAGCAGCCUGACCCCCAAGUGACUUGCCCUCGAGUGAGUUUCAUCAGCAUCGAGAACACCCUUCCUUAGGGUGGCUGAGGCUGGGCCUCUUUUCUAGGAAAGAUUCAGGCUCCCUGGUCCAGCUGCCAGGAAGUGGGAACCAGGGGUCGCCCUGGGCCCCAAAACAGGCUAACAGGAGGCUCAUUCGCAUCUCCCUCCUGCAGGCCAGCCAGCACCCAACUGCUGAGUGCAAACAAGAUCCUGUCCCUGCUCUGGGGUGCUUACAGGGGCAGACAGCCCCGCCACCAACGGCUCCCCUGCAGCUGUCGGGCCAGGUUCCAGGCAGGCUCAACCAACCAGAUCCACUCGAGCACAGCAGCAGCCUGACGUGUUCUGGCUGGACCUCUGGGUAAGGGACAUGGAGAGGAAGCAGCAAUCCCCCAUUGUGGGGAAGGAUAAAGAGAGGUCAGCAAGGCAGGUGGUGGCCACGGAAGGGGCGCCUGAGUCCCAGAAAACGUCUGGCUGACUCCGGCUGCCACACCUCUCCGUUCCCCCCGCCAGACCACCCUGGACCAAGCCGCCAGCAGCGCCUGCCCGCGGUCACAGCCGCAGUGCCCCAGCCCGUCUCAGCGCUGAUCUCCCCGGCCCCUUCAUGCCUCCCCUGACCUUGGCCUCUGCUCCACCACUGACCACGACUGUGGUCUCUCGGUUCCUCACAAGGGUUUCACUCUACACUUCAGAUCUGUGCGGUUUACUGUCCGAAUGUCAUGCCUUAUUAGAAACUACAGUAAAGCCACUGGUGCAAGAAUCUCAUUUGCAAAACUUGGCAGAGGGCGCACACAACAGUCCUCUCCUAAGUCUGUGCUCCCAAACACUACCAUCUGAAAGCAAUCUACAGAUAACAAUCUUAAGGACAACACAUUUGCUUGUGGGUAAUAAAUUCCAGACCAUAAAAAACUGAGGACAGGGAGUUCCCUGGUGGCCUAGUGGUUAGGAUUCUGGGCUUCCACUGCCGUGGCCCGGGUUCAAUCCCUGGUCGGGGAGCUGAGAUCCCACAAGUCGUGCAGCACAAACAACAACAACAAAAUAAUAAUUAAAAAAUAAAAGUUUAAAAAAAAACAAAACUGAGGACAAAUUAAUUUUGUCCUUAGAAAAAGUUUCCUCAUCCUCCUCGGGAACCAGCUGCCUGCCACGGAACACUGUCCCCUAAUUCUAACUCUUACAUCAUCUUACUAUCUCAACUUAAACAUUGCUCCUCCCGGGGGAGUCCCCUCAUGCCCCGGGCCAGGCUAUCCACAGGCACCAAGAGCCUUCUCUUCCUCUUCCCAUCACGUCAUUCCCUUCGCGCUGAUCAUUUCAGAAGGAUUUUCCGAUCAGGGCCAGCAAUUAACUGAAAAACUCAAUCAAAGCAAUGUUUGCAUACAUGACACAUACAUUCUCUACACUUCUCAUCUGAAAUGCAAACAUACAGACGCACAUUCCUUGGCCAGUCUUUUUGAUGUAGUGGGUUUGCUGACCAGAGUUCCCGAAUUGCCUAUUUGCUAAUUUUGAUUUAAGGCAGAAUAAGAACUUUAAGACGUCUGCAAGGAAACCUGAGUAUGAAAUCCUUCUGCAUUUUUUAGAAAAUGUUUACAGUUGUCUUGCCUACGUCUAUUCUUGACAGGAAUAUUAUGUGAAUGGUUCCAAAAUGAUUCCAAAGUGGUCAAACAGGUAUUUACAGAAAGAAGGACUUUCUCUCUCCAUGUGCUCUGAGGCCCGGCACAAAGUUUCAGAACUCCGACUAUACAGCUCUGUUGAACAGCUGGGUCCAAACCUCAGAGCAGUAACUUAGCUGUGUGACCUUGGGUAAGUUACUUAACCUCUGCAUGCCUGUUCCCCGCUUGUAAAACUAGGGUUUCAGCUAUUAUCACUGCUUCGUUUUUAUGUAAUGUUAAGUGCAAUUAUGUAAUUACAAUAACAAGCAUCACUGCCACAAAACAGGUUUGGGAACAAGCCGCUGACUCCCGAUGAGCGUCCAGCUACGCUGCUGGAGCAGAAGUCUGAGGGUGUGCGGAGACCAGCCUGUGGCCCGGGAGCGUUCGGCAGGCCAAGGGCAUUAGUCAGCAUGUUUUACAGAAGGAAAUGUGAAGCAGCAGGUAAGCCAGUGUCAACGAAGCCAGAAUAGUUAAGUAGGACUUUACGGAACCUGCCCACCACCUCCUCCAGCCCUGGAUGUGGUCAGAAUCAGGGGACGAGCUUUACCCUGACACACCCAGAGGCUGAUCUCUGUGCUCCCAGGUGGCGCCUGGGCACCAGAGUUCAGGAAAGCUCCCGGAUGAUUCGAACAGGCAGGGUUGAGGACUGGUGCCCUAGAAUGUAACGCCAGGGAGGGCAAGGCCUGCCUCUCUCGCUCACAACUGGACACACGAUGCCUGGCACGGUCCCUGGCCGCCGUGGGCACUCGACUCCCGUCUUCCAAGGAGGGCAUGGCGGCCACCAGGUUCCACGCGCCCGGGCACAGGCCCCACGCCCGCUUCCCAGCCGCCUCACCACACUAGGGGGUGGGAACCCACGCGAAGCAGCUGAGGCCGGGCCUGAGCGGCACGCAAAGACACCAAGGGAGAAGUUAGGCCUCCACCGGAACCCAGGGCCUCAGUGGUGAUAAACACCCACAUGCCGGUUCCAGGAGGUGCCAGCUAGGCUGUGGUUAAUCAUCCACCUGGUGCCUCAGGAAGUGAGCGGCCACAUGCGGCAGCCCCAGCCCCCAGGCCUCCCGAGCCCUGGGCAGGUCCUUUCAGUGGACGGGUCAUCUGGACUGAGAGGAGGGGCAGGACCCAGCCACAGGUGAGGUGGACAGGUGGCCUGGGGCGAGGGGCCCAGCUCCAGUCUCUUCCCCCGCCCACCCCAAGUCUGACUUCUCUCAGCCAGGACACCUCAACCCACGCGCCCUGAGCAAACCCCCAAACGGCAUCACAAGAGGGCAGAAGGCAGCAGCGGAGGGGGUUCACAUGGACAGACUACUAACAAGACGCGCCUGGAAGGAUGAGUUCUGGCAGAACCCCUGGGACCAGGGGGGCCUGGCAGUGAUCUGCUUGUUUAUCACUACGGUCCUGUUUCUCACCUUGUUUGCUAUUCUGUUUGGUUUACUCCCCCCACUCGAUAGGGUCAACCCAUGUGAAGAGUCGUGACCUGACUUUCUGUGGGCCAAGAAGGGAGGAGGCCACUGUUAUACACUCUCAAGACACCAUGUACCUUUUCUCCAAAGCCUUUUUAACAGUCUGGAAUUAUACAUUUUUCAUGUGAUUAUCUGAUAAGUGCCUGUCUUCCCCAUUGGUCCAAGCACCAAAAAGCAGGGGCUGGGUCUCUUUCUGUUCCCCACCGUACCCCCUUUUCUGAUGUGCCAUGCAUGGAGUCAGUAUCAAUUGCUAUUUGCUGGUUG